GGGCUUCAGUGGUCUAGAAACCAUCUUUUACCACUCGUUCUUGUGGAGGGGUCGUACAGCCUCACAGCUACUCUACUCUCUCUUUCUCUCUCUCUCUCUCUCUCCGUAGAAACUCAAUGGACCAAAUACAGCACAAGUACGUGGAAGUGAACGGUCUGAAGCUCCACGUAGCUGAGACCGGAACGGGUCCGGCAGCGGUGAUGUUCCUCCACGGCUUUCCAGAGAUAUGGUACUCGUGGCGCCACCAGAUGAUCGCCGUCGCAAACGCCGGUUACAGAGCGAUCGCACCCGAUUACAGAGGAUACGGGCUGUCCGACCCGCCGCCCGAACCCGAAAACGCCUCACUCCUUGACUCCGUCCAUGACAUGGUCGCACUUCUCGAUGCUCUCGACAUUACGAAGGUAUUUCUUGUUGGUAAAGACUUUGGAUCCCCAAUCGCUUACCUCAUUGCCCUUCUGUACCCAAAGAGGAUCUCAGGAGUAGUAACAUUGGGCGUCCCAUUUAUGCCCCCACGUCCUCCUACACAUCACAAGGGCCUCCCAGAAGGUUUCUACAUCUCAAGAUGGAAGGAACCUGGACGAGCUGAAGCUGAUUUUGGUCGCUUUGAUGCCAAAACAGUCGUUCGGAACAUCUAUAUACUCUUCUCCAAAAGUGAAAUACCAAUAGCUGGGGAAAAUAAGGAAAUCAUGGAUAUGGUGGAACCAUUCACUCCUUUACCCCCUUGGUUCACAGAUGAAGAUAUGGCAACCUAUGGAGCUUUAUAUGAGAAAUCCGGAUUUCAAACCGCAUUACAAGUUCCUUACAGGUCGAUGCACAAACACUUGGACAUACCAGAUCCGAAAGUCGAAGUUCCGGCUAUGCUGAUCAUGGGGGAGGAGGACUAUGUCUUCAAAUUUCCAGGAAUAGAAGACUACAUAAGAAGUGGAGAGGUGAAGACUUAUGUCCCGAACUUGGAGACAAUCUACGUGCCCGAAGGUAGCCAUUUCGUUCAGGAGCAAUUCCCUGACCAGGUGAACCAGCUACUUCUCACCUUCCUCAGUAACCGUAAUUGACAUCUACGGGAUGUGGCUGUUAAAUUAACAAGUGUUCCAAAGGCUGGCUAGAGUAUCGAAAAUGCCUGAGAUGCAUGUUCAGUCACUUUCACAGUGAUUGUUGUGUAAAUAUUUUUGUCGGGAUACUGAGAACUUCAAGGGGUCCAUUGGAUCAGUGGUUAAAACUGGGGUUAUUAACCCUGAGGUUAUAGGUUGAACUUGAGUUUGUGCAUAUAAAAUCUAAAUGUUGUAUC